GUUAUAUCACUAUAAAUAUAUAACAUAUAAACAUACACAAGCAAUAUACAAUUUUCCUUCUCUGCUUAUCUUUAGUUGUGGCACCUGAGGUCAUCCACCUCCAUGAGUCAGUAGUCACUAUGGCAACAAGAAACGCUUCUCUCUUAGCCCCGCCUAUCAGCAACAGUUGCCAGCUGUUAACUUCUCCUUUCAGUUUGCAGCUUAAAGCUUUUAACUGAUUAUUAUUAUUAUUAUUUUAUUAUUAUUAACUUUUGUAAUCAAGACAAAGCCUCUGUCUAGGAAUCACCACAUCCAUUCACCUCUCUAUCUCAAACCUUUCACUAUGUUGGGCCAGUUCUCCCCUGGUGAGCCCUACAGUGCUCUCUCUACCACACCGCCCUGGAAUCCAGGACACCAGCUUCAGCCCUUCCGCUUCCGCUCACGAACUGAGCCCAUAGACUGGAGGCGUCUCUCUGCCCUUGACGUGGAACGUGUCGAGCGAGACAUGGAUGUUGAUGUGCUUCAGAAUUUCAUUACGACCGUAACAUUCUGUGCCGUGGAGGGCGAGAGGUGCCCAAACUGUCGAGGACCUGCUGACCCUUCUUUGAUCAAACUGCUUCGUAUGUCUCAGCUGAGCACUGAGUACCUGCUGCACUGCCAGGACUUGCUGAGCUCUCAGCUGUCAGGACUGGAGGAACGUCUGCAGGCGGCACUCUCUCUGAUCCAGAAAGGAGAAGAAAAACGAGCAGAACUUGAAAAAAAUUUGCAAGAAGCCAAGCAGGAGAAUCGACGGAGAAAAAAAAUGAUCGCCACUCAACAGCUCCUCCUGCAGGCCAGUGCUAAUAAUUAUCACAAGUGCCAGUUCUGUGAAAAAUCAUUUGUCAACUACUCUUACUUACAAGCACAUGUUCAGCGACGACAUCCUGAAGUUACAGAUGCAGAGAGACAAAAGAAGCACAAGGUAGAAGAGAUGGAAGAUAGGAUAGAAGAGCUAAAGGAGAAACUGAGAUUGACGCAAAUGCAGCUACAGACAGAGAGAGAAACAGAAAGUUUGAGGCGUCAGCAGGAACAAGAGGAGCAGCGAAGGAGAGAACAGUCAGAGAAGGAAGCACUGGAGAGAUGGAAAGAAGAGGAGAGAAGAAAAUCUCAGCAGGAAAUUGGAGAGCUGAGACAGUUAUUUCUCCAGGAGUCUAAAGACAUGGCAAGCAAGAGAUCAUCCAUAGAGGCUAAACUGCUAGUGUUGCAGAACAAAGAGGUGGGUGUAGCUAAUAAUGUCACUUUACAAGAAGAGAGUGACCCUGAGAAAGAACUGAGAGAAAACAGAGAGAGAGAGAGCUAAAAAGAGAAAAUGGCCAGGAAGAAAAGUGAAUGGAAGAAGAAAUUUCAGGAAGCACAGAACAGACACCAACAGGAGAAAGCAGAGCUGAAGAGUGAGAAUGCCAGGCUUGUGAAGGCCUUGUCUGUGGAGAAGAACUCUGGCUCCAGUCUGCAGAAACUUCAGCAGCAGGUUGCCUCUCUCUCUUCUCAGCUGAGCCAGAAGGACAGACUCAUCAAAUCUCGGGAGGAGAAGAUUAAAAAGUUGUCAGUCUCAGCUCCAGUGGUUUUGCAAAAAGCCCAAGAUUCUCCUGAGGAACCACAGGAGGAAGACGAAGAGAGCAUGGAGGAUUCAGAUGAACCCCAGUGGGAAGGUUCUAAAGUUACGUAA